AUGGACAAACUCAGCCUCUACAUCCUCACCUUCAAUUGCGCCCGCAACCCCGUCGACGUCGACCUCUUCGCCGCCCACUUCUUCCACGCCCUUCCCCACACCGUCACCUCCGCACCGGAGCUCAUCGCCCUCAGUCUCCAGGAACUUGCCCCGAUCGCCUACGCCUUCCUCGGCGGCUCUUACCUAACACCCUACUUUACCUCGUUCCGCCAGGUUGUCGACCGCGCGGCGGCAAGUCGCUGGGAGGAUGCGCAGUAUGUCACUGUGGUUGAGGACCAUGUAGGGAUGACGGGGUUGAUGGUAUUUGCGCGGUCGGACGUCGUCUGGCGGAUCACGUCAGUACAGACCGCGAGAGUCGGACUGGGCUUGCAGCAGAUGGGGAAUAAGGGGGCUGUUGGGGCGAGGCUGCGGUGGUCGUCGGAGUCCGGGACGGUGCCGCUGACGUUUGUCGGGGCGCAUCUUGCUCCUGCGGAGGAUGCGGUUGAGCGGCGGAAUGAGGAUUGGAGGGGGAUCGUGGAGAGGUUGGUUUUUUCAACCACAAGCCAUGAGGAGGAUUCGGAGCGGGCGUCGUUGCUUGGUUCGUCAACGACGACUGGGGACGGUGACCGGGACGGUGACGGCGAGGGCGAGGGUGAAGGGGAAGGUGUGUUUACGGCAGGUUACMUCUUCCUCGCGGGCGACCUCAACUACCGCACCUCCAACACGAUGCCGCAGCCGGCCGACUUCGGGCGAUUUCCGCUGCUGGAUGCCGACGCGAGCAGCCCGCUGCAUUACUCGCGGCUGCUGCGCGACGACCAGCUCACGCGCGAACGAGAAAAGAGCCGGUGUUUCCACGGCCUGUCUGAAGCGCCGAUCGCCUUCCCGCCGACGUACAAGUACAAGCUUGGGGCGUGCAAUCCGCGCCAAUGGAAGUUUGUCCUCAGUCGCUGGCCAAGCUGGUGCGACCGGAUCCUGUAUCGGGAUUCUUCUUCGACGGCGAAGGUGACGCCUUACCGAUACGACGUGCUGCCUCUGUUUCCGACGUCGGACCAUCGUGCCGUUGCGCUCGCGGCAGCGGUGGCCCUACGGACAGUCCAGGCUGGUCCAUCCGAUUCAGAAUCUGCACCUGCGACAGACGUGCAGCAGCCGCAGCAACAGCCGGCGGCUCCGUUUCCGAUCGACCAGAAUUGGAAACGCAAACGAGUUGAGGCCCGACGCAAAGAGCUGGUGGUGGGUGGAUUGGCGUAUCUGGGGUUGACCUGGGAGGGCCGUCGGAUCCUGGUGGGCAUGGUCCUUGGCGGAUUGGGGGCGUGGUUCGUGCUGCGAUCGAUGCUCAGCCUUUGA